AUGUGGGGGAACGGGGACACGGUGGAGGAUUCUCGCUUGAUUACGACAGGUAUUUAUCAUGAUGAAGCUCAGACUGUUCUGGUAUCUGGUUGUGAUAACGUCUAUGAUCGUAUGGCAGCAUCCGUGAUCGGGAUUUUUAGGGAAUGGGGCCGGAUGGAUAUGGACGAUGAUCAUCGGGAAGAAACUGGAAAAGACCAGGUUAUCGAUAUUUUGGAUAAUGAACUGGGUGGAUAA